AUGGCGUAUGCUGCUCUGGCACAUCUUAACGCAGUUGUUGGCCUAUACACAUCACUAUUUCCAACAAUAAUUUAUGUGAUAUUUGGUACUUCGAGGCACAUUACACUCGGAAUGUUUGCGGUAGCAGCACUGAUGACAGGAAGUGCACUGGAAAGGCGAAUGGAAGUGGUACUGGGUAAGAGCACAGACUUGAGCAUAGAAGCUGAGCAAGCGAAAAACGCUGAAUUGACUAUCCGGCUAGUCUCUACAGCUACAGCCACAUUAACAUUUCCAAUUCAGGCAGCUUUUGCGAUUCUACAACUUCAUUUCAUUACUGUAUACCUUGCGGAUCCGGUGGUUGGCGGUUUUACCACUGGUGCUGCUUGCCAUGUUUUCGCCUCACAAAUGCCCAAGCUGAUCGGCGUUCGGAUACCAGCAAGACAUGGUCCUCUGGGCCUUUUCAAAAUACCAUAUGAACUGAGAGCGAUGGCGCUUUGCCAAUUAGUUGGUGGUUUUCUGAGCUGCCAUCCGGCAAGUGGAAGCUUAUCGAGAGCAGUUAUCAAUUCGCAGCUUGGCGCAACUUCUUCGGUUAGCUCUUUGUCUUCGUGA